AGCAUUCAAUGCACAUCUUGUCCUCAUGCCUUCCCUUUCCAACACCCUAAUUAAUGGCGCCCAUACGUGCCUCCAAAACACUCCCUCUCCAUCCCAUUUAUCUUCCCCCUUCCUACUUCUCCUCUCCCGCGGUUGCACGCACGCACGCGCUCUUCCUCUAGAUCUUCCUGCCCACCUCGUUUCGAUUCUCCUCCUUCUUUUGUCUCUCGCGGUUGCUGCUCGUCGCAGAUUAGCUGUCUGUAUAUGCCGGCGUGCUGCUAGAUGGUUUCUGAGGCGGUGGGCUUCAUGUCUCGAGCGGCGGACGGCGGCGGCAUGGCGGCGGAGCUCGUCACGCGGGACUUCCUCGGCGGGUGCGCCACCGCCGGCGACGACGCCGCCGCCAGGCACGACGCAUCCGUGACCGGCAAGUCGCCCUUGCACAAGCACCUGAGCCCGGACCUCAACCUGUUCCCCGUCUCCGGCGCCGCGCCAGGGACGACAGAACCGGCGGCAUCAGCCGUCGCCGCGGCGACGACGACGUACCACAGCGUGUGCACGAUCGAGAAGGUGAAGACGGCGCUGGAGCGGUUCGAGCGCGGCAAGCAGGGGCACCACCCGGGCCAGCAGCUCAGCGGCGCCGGCGCGGGCGGCUCCCCGUCGUCGUCGUCCGUCACCACGUCCUCCGUGAAGCGCGGCGCCGUGGAGCAGGGCGAUGGCUGCGACUCGCCUUCCGCCGCCGCGGGCGGGGGCGGCGGGAUGGUGGCGGCGGCGUGCCCGCGGUGCUUCCUGUACGUGCUCAUCUCCCGGAGCGACCCGCGGUGCCCGCGCUGCGACUCCCACGUGCCGCCGCCCCCGUCGGUCCCGACGCACAAGAAGAAGCCGAGGAUCGACCUCAACGUCGGCUUCCUCGGAACCUAGCCGGCGUAGCUAAGCCAGGAAGAAGAAGUAGAGAUGGUCGUCGGUCAGUCAGUCAUCAUCGCGUUAGGUAGUAGGCUGGGUGCUCCGAUUCGCCACGACUCCAGUUGCCCAUGCGGCCGCCGAGAGCGACCUCCUAGAAGAAGAAUCCUUGCGGUACAUAGGGGGGCUCCCAAUUUUUGCUUGUCCAUUAGUAAUUUCCAGUUACCACUGUUACUACCACCAGUAUGUAUGGCCGGCCGGCAUCCCAAAAUCUGUCAGAAAUCAAUCCAUAGAACAUGAUCAAUCAAACGAUGCUCCCAUAAUUGCU